AUGCAGUUCGGUAAAACGCUCGGAACUGCAUGCAGUACAUUCGCCAUCACCAACAUUGACGAUAUCUUCAUCUUGGUUACCUUCUUCGCCGAGGCGUCCACCAGCAACACACUCACGCCCCUCAAAAUCACCAUCGGGCAAUAUGUCGGAUUUACUAUCAUCAUGGUCAUCUCCAUGAUUGGCUUCGGCGCUUCACUCGCCCUUCCUUCUGAGCCAAUUGGCUUCCUUGGUCUACUUCCUGGAUUGCUGGGAAUCUGGAAGCUUCUCGAGUUGAUCAUUCCUUACGAAGAAGAAGAAGAGGAAGAGGCUCCAAGUUUCUCUGGUACCAAGAGUGUCUUGAAGGUUGCGACAAUCAGUGUGAUAAAUGGAGGCGACAACAUCGGAACUUAUAUCCCUCUCUUUUCUCAAACCAAAGGUGUUGAGAUAGCUGUCUAUGUCGUCACGUACUACAUCCUGCUGGGGUUACUUUGCCUUGUUACGUAUCUGGUCAUGAAGCAUAAGCAUAUCCUCAGGGUCGUCGAGAAAUAUGCACAGCUGGUGAUCCCGUUCUUAUACAUGGGUUUAUGUAUCUUCAUCAUCGUUGACUCCGAAUGCUACCCUUGGUUCAUUGAAUGGAUCGACAAUUCAAUAUCCUCACACCCUGGAACAGUAAUUCUCGCUGUUGUAACGGUGUCUGUUAUCCUGCUUUGUGGGGGAGCCAUGCUGUGGCAUCGACUGCGAAAAAAGACCAAGCAGGCGAGCGACAUCGACAAGUCGCCUCAAUCUCCACCCACAAGGGCGGCCCAUCAAUGCCCGGAGAAUGAUGAAGGGUUGCGAUCGGCAGAGGAGGCUGGAAUCGAAGAUGGCCAAGAAAUUGCCGAGGAGCCAGAGUCAAGUAAUGGUGAACGGGAUAGGUCAAAGUAUGGGACUUUCGCCAAGGACAACUAG